AUGGUGAGUUCCAGUUCGUUCUUAAAAGUAGUUAUUAAGAAAGUUGGAAAGGUGGAGAACAGCGGCACAACUACACCGCAUCGGAGGAAUUAUUCGGACGCCGAUCUUCAAGCCGCUCUUCGCGAAAUCCGGUCCGGACAACUCGGAACUCGAAAGGCUUCCAUCAUUUACGGUGUGCCCCGCUCAACUCUGCGCAACAAGGUGUACAAGCUGCAAGCGAAUGACCGACGAGUGUCGGCAUUGGCCGUCUCUCGCGCGGCUGUGGAAGACCAGAGGAAAGAGCGUGUGUUGGACGCCGAUUGCGAGAUCGACGUGGAGGCUGUGGACGGCGACGGCGGAUCGCCGCCGUCUGGGGGGGAUUGGAUCGGGUCUAGUCGAGUUGUGAUGAGCAGUGAGCUGGCGACCAACAGUGGAGCUGCGUCGCCUGUGCAACUGCGGAGGCGGCAGUUUUCGGGAGCAUCUGAGGGGUGUCGGAGUCCGAAUUCGGCGAAUCCAGGACUGGAGUUGUCGCUCAAGGACGUCAUUGCUAGGACUGUGACGAAUAGGCUUUCGAAGGUGGGGAGUGGUGUCGAGGAGAAGAUUGACCCUAGCGAUCCCAAGUCAGCUGCGAGGACGACGCGUCCGAAGCGGGGAAAGUACCGUAAUUAUGACCAGGCAAGUUUUGUUGAAAAUCUUCUGGAGGCGGUGAAGGCAGUUCAGCGUGGCGAGAUGAGCGUGCACCGAGCAGGCACGUUCUACGGUGUUCCGCACUCGACGCUCGAGUACAAAGUGAAGGAACGGCAUUUGAUGCGACCCCGGAAGCGUCCACGCAAAGACGAGCUUAUGAGCAGCACGUUGCAUCCUCGCGGCGACGUCGAAUCCAGUGCAUCUAGCGAAAACAACGCGCCUCGUCGUCGCGAGUCCGGCUCAUCCAGUGAGUCUGACUCGUGCGUUGAGGUUCCGUUGAGUUUGUCAGCACCACCGGCACCUGCAAAAUCUGGGAACGGGAAUGGCAUCGCUCCUGCUUACUUCCCGCCGAACUAUACACCGCUGGGCAUUCCGCCGUCGUACAUGUUCUGGGGAUCGCGGCCCGCCUUUCAUCCCCAUGCCACACCACUGGCACCCCUGCCGACACUGGAGGCCAACAAUCCGUUUUCCAGGUGGCUAGCUUGUAAACCAUGGAGCAUGGAUAAUGCCUCACCUCGAUCGGAGAGUGGCUUAACAUUUGAAGAAGCUCGUCGGCAGUGGCUAAAAUCGUCUCCGCCUGGGAUAGUAGAGCAAAACUUAACUUCGUCGACGUUGUCUGCUGCUGCAGUUAAGAUUGAAGACCGAAACGGCCCUAGUUAUAAGGAUGACCUCCGAGCAGCGAUCGUGGCAAUGGAAAAAGCCGUAGAAGACGAAGCUUCAUGAUUCCAUUUACGCGACUGUUGAGUGUGCUUGUUAUUAUUUCCCCUCUCUCGGGUCAGGUGCAACGAUGAGCACAAAUGACUUCAUGCUCAUCUCCGUUGAAGACGCAGACCGGUGAAAUCGGUGCGGUUCGGAACAAGUUUCUCUCGUGGCAGGGAAUUCUGGAAAAGACAGAUUGGUUGUGUUAUGAAGUGUAAUGGCUCUUGUACUUGAAUCUUUGUGGCGCUCUUUCGCGAACUGCGACGUUGCUCAACGCUCAUUGCUGAGGGUGUAUUCCCUCUUUGUUUAUGCGAGGGGAAUCCAUCUGCGUGCAUUCCGAAGGGUUCGUUGAAUCCUCAAUUUUUGUUGAACUUUGCAUUGAAGGGGAUUGGUUUUAUAGCUUUUAAUUUGUUUUCCAACCAUUUGGUUGAGUUUUUGAGCACUGCUCAUUAAUCGCAUGGUACACCGAAAGAAGUGGUACUUCUUAUUUAGUGCAUUAUUCAGUGAUUUCGUGUG